GACGAGUGCGUCGUUGUUGACGCGUUUCAUCUUCCCUCAUCUUCCAGACUUUCGUUUUCACCAUGGCAGACGACAAGCCCGCCGAUAAGUCGUGCACCAUCACCCUCGAGGACGGCACAUUUUACGACCUCAACCAGCUCAGCACGGCCAAGGCCGACUACGAGGCCGACGCCGGAGAUGGACAGGGCGAGCUGGUGUACAAGCUCAACGUCUGCCGAGGCGUCGUGAGCGAGCCGUGGAACGUCGAGGAUGCACCCAACGUUGGCGGGUUUAUCAACGGGCGCGGGCACGGCGACUUCUCGCUCGGCGAGUUUACCACCAACCUCACGGUCUCUCCGACUACACAUGAGCCGAUGCUCAUCUACGAGAACGGCUCAAAGUGCCCAGGCAACGAAAACGAGCGCGCGUCUACGGUUAUCCGCUUUGUGUGCAGCCAGACAGACUUCGAGGCGGGCAGGCCGCGGCUCGUGGCAGCUGUGCCUGCUGGCGAUAAGGCAUGCCAUUUCUUCUUUGACUGGAACACGCAUGUCGCGUGCCCCACGAACCGCAAAGCCGACCUUGAGAGUGCGCAUGUCUGGGCAUUUGUCGGAUUUGUUGUUGUUGCCAUUCUGACCUGGUUUGGCGGACACACACUAUACAACCGCUUCUACCUCAAGCGCCGUGGAAUGGACGUGUUCCCCAUACCGAAGUGCCACCGCCCGCCCGGCGUCCAUCUGCCGCAGCCCAUCUCGUCAUCUGACGGCUCGGCGCAGCCACGACGCUCGUGGUCCGCGCCAUGGAAGCGCCGCUCGCAGCGCGCCGGGUACAACCACCUGAGGCAGGACCCGAACGAGGAGGACCACCUCGCUGCGCGUUUCUCGAUUGAUGACGAUGAGGACGAGGACGACGCACAUGUCCUGGGCGGCGAGAUGCAGGCAUGGCGGCAGGGUGGGGAUGUGGAGGUGUCGCGGACGUCGACAUCCAACGAGGAGACGGUGGGCGUGCACCAGGGCCUGGUGCGUCUGUAGAGAGGCUACAUGCGGGGCUUGGACUGUGUAUGUAUCUGCAAGUUAGAGAGAUAGAGCGCUGUAGAGCAUGGCAUGGAGAGUGAAAGCGAUGCGAGGUGG